CGACAGGCUCCGACAAGAUGGCGGCCACUUCAGAAUCAGAGGAGCUGCGGCCGUGAAGGAGAGGCUCGAAGCCACCAUGACCACCGGGGAGGGAUCCGUUUCUCAGCUCGCCGCGGUCGCCAGUGUGAAGCGUUGAGACGCUCGCCGACUCUCGCACGCAGUCAGCCGCCGACCGGCCGUGUGUGUGUGUGUGUGUGUGUGUGUGUGUGUGUGUAAUGGACAGGUGUAAGCAUGUGGGGCGGCUGCGGCUGGCCCCCGACCACUCCAUCCUCAAGCCCCAGAAGUGGCACUGCGUGGACUGCAACACCAGCGAGUCCAUCUGGGCGUGCCUGGGCUGCGCGCACGUGGCGUGCGGCCGCUACAUCGAGGAGCACGCGCUGCAGCACUUCCAGCAGCAGCGCCACCCGCUGGCGAUGGAGGUGAACGAGCUCUACGUCUUCUGCUACCUGUGCGACGACUACGUCCUGAACGACAACGCCACCGGGGACCUGAAGCUGCUGCGCGGCAAGCUGGGCGCCAUCCAGAGCCAGCGCUACGAGGUGACCACGCGCAGCGGGCGCACCCUCCGCUCGGCGGGCGCCGCCCCCGACGCCCCGGUGCCGGGCGGCGCCCGCGAGCUGCAGCUGAGGGACGAGGACCGGAUGUCCACGGCGCUCUGGCACCGCCGCCGGGCGCUGAUGGGGCGCGUCUUCCGCCUCUGGUUCGCGCUGACCGAAUGCGGGAAGAGGAGGGAGGAGGAGGAGGAGGAGAGGAAGAGGGAGGAGGAGGAGGAGGAGGAGCAAAAGAGGGAGUCGCGGGAGAGGAGGCGGGCGACGAAGAGGCAGCUGCUGGAGGAGUUGGAGAACGCUCCUCUCCGGAUGAGCCGGCGCCUGCGCUCCAAGAGCAAGAGAGUCGCCGACGCGGCGGAGGCGACGACGACGCGUAACCGGACCAAAUCCCCCGUGACCCCGUCGCUCGCCCGCAGGCCGAGGACCCCGAGUCCCGCCCCCGUGGCCCCCAGGAGGAGCGAACGGACCAAAAAGGUCCCGCCGACUCACAAACCCCAGACCCGCUCCCCCGCCGUCAGACUGAGGCCCAGAGCGCCCCCGGCGCCCCCCGGCUCGGCCCAAACGCCCGCCCCCCCCCGCAAGCAGAACACUAAGCAGGGCGGCUCGCCCUUCAAGCGGCGCCCCACGGUCACCCCCGGCGUGACGGGCCUGAGGAACCUGGGCAACACCUGCUACAUGAACUCCAUCCUGCAGGUGCUGAGCCACCUCCACGUCUUCAGGGAGUGCUUCCUGCGCCUGGACCUGACGCAGGCGCUGGAGCUGCUGGCGUCCGCCGUCCACGGGCAGCUGGCAGUGACGGCCCCGACCCCUCUGAUCCAGAGGAGGGCGUUCCAGACCAGCUCCGGCACCGGGCUGAGCGGCGGCGCCUCCCGGACCCGCAGCAUGGAGCUGAUCCAGCCCAAGGAGCCCAGCUCCAAGCACAUCUCCCUCUGCCACGAGCUGCACACCUUGUUCCAGGUGAUGUGGUCGGGCAAGUGGGCGCUGGUGUCGCCCUUCGCCAUGCUCCACUCGGUGUGGCAGCUGAUCCCGGCGUUCCGGGGCUACGCCCAGCAGGACGCGCAGGAGUUCCUGUGCGAGCUGCUGGACAAGGUGCAGCACGAGCUGGAGAGCACCGGCACGCACACGGCCGGCGCCGGCGUGCCCCAGAAGCGCCUCAUCAAGCAGGUGCUCAGCGUGGUCAACACCAUCUUCCACGGCCAGCUCCUCAGCCAGGUGACCUGCCUGGCCUGCGACCACCGCUCCAACACCGUGGAGCCCUUCUGGGAUCUGUCGCUGGAGUUCCCCGAGCGUUACCACAGCAACAGCCGGGAGUCGGCGGCGCAGGCCUCGUGCCACCUGACGGAGAUGCUGGCCAAGUUCACGGAGACCGAAGCGCUGGAGGGAAACAUCUACGACUGUGAGCAGUGCAACGCGGCUCGCCGGCGCUCCUCCUCCAAGCCGGUCCUCCUGACCGAAGCCCAGAAACAGCUGAUGGUGCACAAACUGCCUCAGGUCCUUCGGCUUCACCUCAAACGCUUCAGGUGGUCUGGGCGGAAUCACCGGGAGAAGAUCGGCGUCCACGUCAGCUUCGACCAGCUGCUCAACAUGGAGCCGUACUGCUGCCGAGACCCCUCGCCGUGCUCCGCCCCCAGCAGCCCCAGCAGCUCCUGCAGCGCCGCGGGCUCGCCGCGCCCCGAGCACUUCCUGUACGACCUCUCCGCCGUGGUGAUGCACCACGGGAAGGGCUUCGGCUCCGGCCACUACACGUCCUACUGCUACAACACGGAAGGAGGCUUCUGGGUUCACUGCAACGACUCCAAGCUGAACGUGUGCUCGGUGGAGGAGGUGUGUCGCGCCCAGGCCUACAUCCUCUUCUACACACAGCGAGUAACUCAGGACAAAGACUGGCUGCUAUAGGACCAGACCCCCCCCUCAGCGAGAAGACAUCAGCACAGCCCCCCCCCCCCCACCACCUCUCGCUCUCUUUUUGGGCAUUUUAGGAUUUAAAAAAGUCUUUUUUUUUUUAAAGUCUAUUUUUCUAAACGAGGAAAAGAGAAGAGGAAUGACUCCUCUUCCUGAUUUGUGAACUUCUUGUACAUGAUGUUUAUAUGUAGGUAUUUUUAAAAAGAAGCAAAAGAGAAAACGGUGGCGUUUGUGUACAGGUGUAUUCUAUAAAAGAAGAAGAGUGUCAGCCAAGACGUGUCUCAGUAGCGCCCUCUGGAGGUCGUACAGGUGCUUUCGGUCGAUUGUAAACAAUGUUUUUUAAAUCAAACUGAAAAUGUCUCUGUCACUUUAGAUAGUCGUCACAGGAACUGGAUGUCGAGGUUGUAAAAAAUGUCACUCGCUCAUUAGAGAUGCCCCCCCCCCCCCCCAUAGAUGGGUACAUGUAAAAAAAAAAGAAAGAAAAAAAGUUGGCCGUGUUUCCUGCACUAAUUCCCCUUAAAGUGUUGUUGCUUUUUUUUAAAUGUAGUUCGAAGGUCACGACGACCUCAAGCCAAAGCCGUGGAGGAGCAGCGACCGCUCGGCACCGCCGGGUGUUUCAUUCUCCGAGGGGGGAAAGUUUUCCAAAAGGGACGUAAAUAUAAUAUUUGUUCUGCUCCAGAAUGUCCUGAACCGUGUGAAUCCCUCCCGAGCCGGACGCACACUCGUGAACGAGAAAAGUGCCCUUCUGUCGAGAUUAUAUUUUUAUAUAUAGCUCAAAUCAAUUCAGCAAAAGUGGAAGAACCAGCAUUUAUAUUAUGAAUGUAUUUUUAUACAAUUCCUCCUCAAAAGUUUUUUUUUAAAAGCCGUUGACUGUUUAAUAAAAAACUAAUAUGUAAACAACCGCUGAUUGUUCACCCGCGUUCUCUGAGGGUUCACGACACGUACGAUGUUUUAUUCACCGUGUCCAGUACGAUGUUUUAUUCUCCGUGUUCAGUACGAUGUCUCUGCCAGAUAUUUAUCUCCAUACUGGGGAGAAACUGUACAACAUAAAAAAAAGGUAUUUCCCACCUCAACCAUGUUCCCUCCAAAGCACACGU